GCGGCGGGUGGCGACGCUCGCCGGUGGUGGCGGGAUGGCGGGCUUGGAGCUCUGCGAGCCCCGGCACCUCUACAACAUCCUCAACCAGCAGCGGCGGUAUCCUCGGCUGGCGGAGCCCCACUACCUGUGCCUGCUGGAUGUCCGUACUCAGCGUGAAUACGAUGAGAGCCAUAUUAUUACAGCACGCAGGAUUGAACAGAGUCCUACGGGGGAGUAUCUGGUACCGGAUUCAGAGGAGUUGGGGUGUGUCAGGUACUGCGUGGUGUAUGACUGCGAGACCAGCUCUCUGGAUUGCUGUGACUAUAAGGAAGAGGAGACAGGAAAAGGGAGCAGUGCUUCUUCAGAGAUUGAAAACACUGACUCAGGUUCCACAUGUUCAGAGAAUGCUGAGGAAGGAACUGCCAUCCAAUACGCCAGGAGCUUAGAGCAGUUCACCCGCCAUCCCGUGCUGGUCCUGAAGGGAGGAUACAAGCAUUUUUCAGCUUGCUAUCAUUUUCUGAGGACUCAGAAGAUACUGUGGAUGCCUCAGGAACUAGAAAACUUCCAGCCAUACCCUGUAGAAAUACUGCCUGCAAAGUUGUAUAUGGGGGAUUUCAAGCAGGCCUGUGACCAACAGAUUCAGAAAGAUCUGAAGAUCAAAACACAAGUCAACAUCUCUGAACAGCAUGCCACACUGUUUCCAGAAGGUGGCAAAUACCUCCAUGUACCUGUUCCAGAUUCACUUGAAGCAGAUCUUUUUUCUACCUUCAGCAACAUUUGUCAUUUCAUAGACGCUCAGCUGGCUCACGGAGCGGUGCUGGUGUUCUCCAGCCUGGGGAUAAGCCGCAGCAGCACAGUGACCAUCGCCUAUCUGAUGCAUUCCUGCCAGUUUUCCCUGAAGAGAGCUUGGGACUACGUUCUGAAAUGCAAAACGAACAUGAGACCCCACAGGGGCUUUGUGAAGCAGCUCUCGGACUGGGAGACCAAAAUCUACAAGAGCACGAUCACAGACGUCUCUGAGCCAAACUACUGACAGGUAGCAAAGACAACACCCAGAGGGGAAAGGUGCUUCCCUGUCCCUGCCACCCUGUCAGCAGAAAGUGACUGGAACACUUUGAAAAAAGGUCUUAAUUUAAUGGAAAGGCUCUCCUCUUUAGCUCUGUGUUAUUUUGGGUCAAGUUUUGGAGCCUUUAGGGGCACUCACCUGUGCUGUAGAAGGUGGCGGUUUGGGGAAAGCAAAUCCUGCAGGAUGUGGCCCAUUAAGCUCUGCUCGUCUCUUUUGUAAGCAAAAGGGAUUAUAACCACAUUGUCGGGAAUGCUCCCUACCCCAGGUAUGGGGAAGUCAUUAGGGUUAUCUCUGAAAAGGUUUGUCGAUCCGUAGCCUGGGAUGGUAAAUUUAGAG